AUGACUCUUCCGAGCAAAUACCAAAACGGCAGUAUCGAUUCGUCGGUGAAGGGCGUGUAUCGAGCGUCACCAGUGAAGCUCAUGAUAUAUGGAAGAGGCACGAGCAAGCAACUCUCCGAUGUGGUUAAGGAGCUCGGUGGCACCAAAGCCUUCAUCAUCACCGGACGGUCGCUGUAUGAGAAGACACCCGUGAUCAACGAAAUCGAAAAGAGCUUGGGCGAAAUUCAUGGUGGCACCUUUAGCAAGAUCGGGCAACAUGCGCCGAUAAAAGAUAUCCGAGAAGCCACCAGGUUGAUGGCCGAGUCCGGCUGUAAUGUUCUCAUCUCAGUUGGAGGUGGCUCGCCAAUUGACUCCGCAAAGGCCAUUGCAUAUAACAUUCACGAGCAGACAGGCAAAUGGAUACCAAGCAUUGCUGUCCCUACCACAUUGAGCGUCGCCGAAACUACUCAAAACGCUGGCUUUACAACCGAAGAGCUUCACAAGAUUGCCGUGAGCCACCCAGAGCUCGUCCCCAAGGCUGUCGUCUAUGACGGAGAAAUUGCCCUCCAUACUCCUCUGCACUUGUGGACAAGCACUGGGAUUCGUUCGCUUGAUCAUGCCGUUGAGCUGAUGUAUCAUCCGCUCGCAUCCGAGAUCCCAACCAAGCGGAUGAGCCUUGAAGCCAUCAAGGACCUCUUCACUUAUCUACCCCUAUCUAAAGAGAAGCCUGAUGAUGCCGACAUCCGGACGAAGCUCUUUCUUGCCUGCUACUCAUCGCUCUUCCCGUUCCUGUACACAGGGGGCGUCGGUCUGAGCCACAGCAUCGGCCAUGCCAUUGGGGCUACUUAUUCUAUUCCCCAUGGUAUCACCAGCUGCCUGAGCUUGGCACCAACAGUCCACUUCAAGGCCAGCAAUCCAGAAGAAGCGAAGCAGAUCGCUAGGAUCAUUCCUUACAUUGGGAAACAGAGCAGCGGAGAUGACGAGAAGGAUGCACAUAUUGUUGCGGAUGCGAUUUCGGACCUGGUGGAGCGGCUUGGGCACAAGACAACGCUCACUGCCUACAAUGUACCGACAGGCGAUGCGGAAGAAGAAGCCAUUGCCACCCGCGCCUUACACAGCAGGGAGCAUAAGGAUUUUGACAACUUUUUCACCCACAAUGCUCGAGCUCGAGUGGAGUCGAUGCUUGGCAAAGAACCUUGCACCAGGGUCGGGUCGGCAGAGUGGUUCGGGGGUCAAAUGUGGUUUAGCGCAAUCCAUGUAUGCGCUCCCUCGGGGCUCAAAACGAACGUGUGGGGAGAUUUAACCUCCGCACCCAAAAAAUACACACGAUUUCCCACCAUGCAACGGACAUUACUCUUUGCGGCACGCCGCAGCGGGCCAGCAAUCCGUUUCUUCUCCAGCACAUCUUGCCGGUCUCGGAUCAAUAAGAUAUUUCCCUCGGCACAGGAAGCAAUCAAGGACAUGAAAUCCGGUACAACAGUCCUCGUCGGUGGAUUCGGCUUCUCGGGCGUUCCGAAUACGCUCAUCAACGCACUGCGUGACCGGACGGACCUUACAAACUUCACCGUGGUGAGCAACAACGCCGGAAUGCCCGGCGUCGGAUUGGGACAGCUGCUGGAUACCAAACAGAUUGGGAAGAUGAUUGCAAGCUACAUUGGUGAUAACAAGACGUUUGAGAGAAUGUAUUUGAGUGGCGAGCUGGACUUGGAGUUGACGCCCCAGGGUACCAUCGCGGAGAAGUGUGCAGCUGGUGCCGCAGGCGUACCGGCAUUCUAUACGCCUGCAGCAUAUGGAACCAUAGUCCAAACCGGCGAACUGCCCGUACGAUAUAACAAAGACGGCACAAUUGCGAAAAUGGCGCCGCCGAAGGAGACCCGCGAAUUCAACGGCAAAGCAUACGUCAUGGAGGAAGCCAUUUUCGGCGAUUACGCCUUCGUUAAGGUCGCCAAAGCCGAUAGGCUCGGUAACUGUCAAUUCCGGAAAGCGCAGAACAAUUUCAAUGAGGCGAUGGGCAAGAAUGCAAAGGUGACCAUUGUGGAGGCGGACGAGAUUGUUGAAGAUGGAGUGAUUGCUCCCGAGGACAUCCAUCUUCAAGGUAUCUAUGUGAAGAGGGUAAUCAAGAGCACGGAAGACAAGAAGAUUGAGAGGCUGGUUUACUAUAAAGACCCAGCAGAACAGAAGAAGGCGCUACUGGAAGGAGGGUCCUCAGAAGCUUCGCAGAAGCGCGAACGUAUCAUCAAGCGCGCGGCACAGGAACUGAAGGACGGGAUGUACGUCAACCUUGGCAUUGGCAUGCCUCUCGCAGCACCUGCUUUCCUCCCAGAGGGUGUUGAGAUCAUCCUUGAGUCGGAAAAUGGCAUCCUCGGUAUGGGUGGAUACCCGAGGCCCGGCGAGGAGGACCCAGACCUCAUCAACGCCGGGAAGGAGACUGUCACCCUGAUAAAGGGUGCUGCGACAUUUGGUAGUCAUGAGAGCUUUGGCAUGAUUAGAUCUGGACGAAUCGAUGUUGCCAUGCUCGGCGCGAUGCAGGUCAACCAGUUUGGCGAUCUCGCAAAUUUCAUGCUCCCAGGAAAGGUUAAAGGUAUUGGAGGCGCAAUGGACCUCGUCGCAAAUCCUUCCCAAACGAAGGUUGUUGUCACAAUGGAGCAUGUCGACAAGAAAGGAAACCCCAAGAUUCUCAACCAAUGCACCUUCCCGCUUACAGGCCAGAAAUGCGUUUCCACAAUCAUCACGGAUCUCGCAGUCUUCGAUGUCGAUCCCAUUACGGGUCUUACUCUCAGGGAGGUUGCCAAGGGUGUCACUGUCGACGAGGUCAGGUCAAAGACGGAGGCCCCGUUCAAGGUUGCGGAAGACUUGAAGGAGAUGGAGAUUUGA